AUGGGUGCCAUCCUGCCCUCUAAAUGUGAGCUGCUACCUCAGUCGAUUGACUGGCGUGGCCCAGUUGUCAUGUUCCUCUGCUUUCUUGGGGCCAUCACUUCCGCGAUUGGCCAUCACGUCCUCAAUCUCAAGCUCCAGGGAAGAGCUGUCGCAGCAGUCUCUGUUGAUCAACAAUGGAUUUUCAGAGCAGGAAAUGCACUGGCCUAUCUCGUCAAAGUACUACUGGUGCUGGCUGCCAGUACUGCAUACUUCCAACGCGUGUGGCACCAUGCAAGGGGAAGAUCCAUGAAGCUCAGUCAGUUCGACUAUAUGUUCGGGGCGUUGGACAACAUCCUUGAGCUCCGCCAUCUAGCUUUCUGGGUUCGACGCCCGGUCCUAUUGUUGGCUGUGGCCAUUGUCUGGCUCAUACCAUUAGUAGCCAUCAUCACGCCUGGCACAAUCUCCGUGGUGUCCGCAUCUGCGACCGAGCCAAGUACCAUCUCUGUACAGCAGCGAGAAUAUGGCAAAGGGUCGUACGGUGCCCCAGUGAUAGCCGACAACGGAACUGUGUUUUAUGGUGGUGCAAGGUCCUAUCUGAAGGGCCCAACGCUUGCAACGCUGUUCGAGACCGAGAUUCUGUCAGUGGGCACUUUCCCCACCAACUUGACCUGGUCUAUGGGUUUCUUUGGUCCAGCGGUAUCUUGUUCCACCGCUGGAGCCGAAGUCACAUUGCAGUUGACGAACAUCAUCCUCCCAUAUCAAAAGAGGAAUCAAACGUCGUUGAUGUUCGACGCCUGGAUCCCUAGACCAGCUGCGUCUUCAAACGAUACUCUGGUCGACGGCAUGCUCGUUUUAGAUCCCGACCAGAACAGCAACCUCCGGAUCCUUGACCAAACUUCGCCAGAUGCAGCAAAGAUCUAUUACAGCAUUGCCCCCGAUGUCGCAACUCAAGCUACGAUGGCAAAUCCCAUCUAUGUCAUCGAGUGUGCCCUAUACAACGCCUCAUGGAACCUCGACUUCGACGUCCGCAGAACCGGCGAGCAGAUUCUUACUCCCACUCUGAAAUUCGAAAACUGGAUGCCGGGUUGGAGUAGCAUCAAACCAGCGCUCACGGCCAGCCCCGAGACCAGCACGAUUCUCGACUAUGCAGGUCUCAUGGAAACAUUCGGUGCCAUCACCAGCGGUCACCUCGACUAUCCAAAUGAUCCCCUGCUGCAGUAUGAACAGACUAGCCUCGCUCUGGAGACCAGCCCCAUCUUGUUCAACGACGCGUUUCCGGAUCCUUUUGACGACUCCGCUAUGAUCCAGCUUCAGCGGACAUUUGAGACUUUGUUCCAGAACAUGACUCUCUCAGCCCGCUAUGCGGUGCUGCCGCGCGAUGACCUACGCGGCGAUGCUUCAGACUUGACAUUUGUGAAAGUCAACGCGACAUCCACGUUCUCGCGCAACGUGUAUUCCUACGACAGCCGAGACCUUAUCAUUGCAUACUCCCUCGCCAUCGGCAGCAGCGCCAUAUGCAUUCUUCUGGCAAUGCUCGCCAUUUCUAGCAUGGGCGCCGUGUAUUCGAACAGCUUCUCAACGGCUGUCCGCGCCAGCAGGGGUCAAAGCCAUCUGGAUGCUGUGAUCCAAGAUGAUCACGACCGUAGCGGUGCGCAGCCCCUGCCAAAGAGGAUUGCAGAUGCGUAUAUAUGGAUCGGUCGCGAGCAUACAGUUGGUACGGGAAUUGGGCGCGGCAGGGUCGCGACGGAAGACACGUUGGACUCUCAGAAGGAGCGACGCUCGUGGUGGGGAAAGGAGCAAGUGAUGGAUCUGGAGAAGAGCUCCUCGUCUGCGCCGUCGAAUGUCGUGGUUCCGCCUGAUGGUUUCGUGGCCGAGCCGAAGACAAAUGGCCCGCUUGGUGAAUGGAUAUAG